GAAGCCGCCGAGCGAAGACUCCAGUACAGAUCACAAACGUGUACUUACUUCAUCCGGUUUUCCCUCGACAAUUUAUUCUCCUGGGUUAAGCUCAACGGUGGCUGGUAAACCGGCACGUUAUGUUAAAAUUCAAAUUCCUCAGAUGCCGGCCAAAGAGGAAAACCGGGAACAGAAUAUUUUUGAUCAGGUCGAACAGGCGAGACAUGCUCGUCAUAUGUCUAGGGCAAGUUUAUCCGGAUCUACACGUAGUGCACAAACGCCAAACAGAACGACUUUUUCUGUUAACGGGGGAAUGCAAAGUCCACUUUCGAAUACAGGGUUUGAUGAUAAUCAAUUGCUUCCUGUAACGGAGGACACUUCGAUCGUUAAUAAUGGCAAUCAGAAGAUACCACCAACUUCUGAGAAAACACCUGAUAAAGUUUUACAGAAAAAGAGAUCGCAGACACAAAUACAACGGGAGCAAAAUACUCGACAGCAAAAUAAUACUUCACAAACUCCGACCGAGGAUAAACUGCAAUCUACUCCCUCGGAAUCAAAAGCGUAUAAAACAUCAAGUGUACAAAAUGCCUACAAUGAAACCCCUUCAAAGAAAGAACCCACGCCUACGAUUCAUGCACCUUCAAGGAAAGAACUCACACCCACAAGUCAUACACCUUCAAAGAAAGAACUCACGCCCACGGGUCAUGUACCUUUAAAGAAAGAAUUCACGCCUACAGGUCAUGCACCUUCAAAGAAAGAAUUCACGCCUACAGGUCAUGCACCUUCAAAGAAAGAAUUCACGCCUACAGGUCAUGCACCUUCAAAGAAAGAAUUCACGCCUACAAGUAAUGUACCUUUAAAGAAAGAACCUACGCCUACAAAUCAUGCACCAGUCGCAUCAAUUAUAAGUAGACAACUAUCGGAGAAUUCCGAAGAAUCUGUCGAGAAAUUCGAUAGUUUCAUGGGAGACAUAAUUUCUACAGAAUUGGAAUGCGAAGAUGAAGUGCUUGAACAGGAAAUUCUUGUCGAAGAUUCCGAAGAGGAGGAAAGAGAGGAGGCACUUGUUGCAGAAUGGUUGUUGGGUACUGGACUCAUCUUUAAGAGUGCCAUGACAUAUGUGGAUAUUGUGCAGGUUUAUGAAGAAAAUUUCGACGCGCAAAAUUCUGAAUAUUAUGACGAAGAUGAUACUGAAUUUAUGGAAGCUCAAGAAAACAAUAUUGAUGUUUGUUAUCGAGAGCCAUUAGCUGCAAGUGGGUGCUUAACCGAUGAAUAA